UUUCUUUUCUUUUUUUUUUAAUUAAAAGAUGGAUCUAAUUUAGAUUCUGUCAUCUCUGACCACAUCUGAAGGACUGAUGACGGAUUUGGAUACACUAUUUCGAAGUGAUAAAGACUGAAGAUUAUUAUUUUUUUCAAAUUAUUUUUCGGAAUGCAUCUUUGGGGUCGAAACUAGGUCACGGCACACCCGCGCUGUCUGCAGUUACAUUGAUAUGAAGUCUUUUUGUAAAGAGAAUGAAGCAAAAAAUGUUUUUCCCCAUGUGUUCUUUCAUAUAACUUCUAAAAGCGGAUUUAAAAAUAGCAGAUGGAUUGUUUGAUAGCAGUAUUUUUCAAUUUGGAGAUGAAUUUGUAUGAAUCUUAUUUUUUUGCAUUUCAGAGGAUUUAACGCCAAAUCACAAAUUGAUUAUUUUUGCUUUUCAGUAUCAAUUAUCUGCCUUAACUCGUUAAGACUUCCAAAUUUUACACAAUGGCUAGAGGGUUUCUUAAUUUUACUGUAGUAGAGGCGUUGUCCUUAAUUGAAAAUGCUAAUUCUUUCCAGAUAUGUUUCUUUUAACUAAUGUAGUCGAACUCUUUAGUGAUUCUGAAGCUGCAGAUUAUUGCUUUCAAUAGAUUUCUCAAUGUCCACUUUAUUGUUUUUUUUAAAAAGUUUUUGACCUAAUUUUUCCUUUCAACGCUAAAUAAUUACAUAGGUUUAACUUCAGAAUGAAAAAUCCUUUUAAUAUCCGGGUUUGAAUCAAAUAUUUAGCUUUUUGGUGGGAUGUGGAAGAGGAAACCGCCAAACUUCAUAUUUCCAAAUGGGGCUUCUGCCUUGUCUUUUUUUCUACUCUAAAAUUGUUUCUUUACCCAGGAUUGACGUUGCUUUUUUAACACCUUUUGUUUUUCUUAUAUGGCAUGCAAGCUAUCUCAGUGUGUGGAUGUAUUUUUAGAAAACGUAUCUCUCAGCUUUGUCUCAAAAUAUAUCACUGGCAAGCGGUGUGUCGAAAACCGCCCUAAAUGUGACAUUUUAAACCUGGAUUAAAACUAAGGUGCAUAACUGGUUUCAAACUGAUGACCUAACCAGAACACCUAGCGAACUGUUAUAUACUUUUGGAUCAUCUUCAGAACAGAGAUGAGAUUACUGAAUCUCCACGAGGAGAAAGUAAUUAGAAACUGCCAACUCGUAUUGUUACAUUGUUCCAGUGAAGUUCAAUGCAAACUGGAGGAACAGCACCUCAUCUUCCGACUAGUAGACAAAUAAGAUGGCUAUGGCAAAUGGCCAUAAUCUUAACGCUGAUGGAAAAGAGCUGAAAAUUGUGAUAGUGGGAGACGGUGGCUGUGGGAAGACGUCGCUACUUAUGGUGUUUGCCAAAGGAGACUUUCCAGAACAAUACGCCCCAUCAGUAUUCGAGAAGUACGUGAAAGAUGUCACUCUUCGGAACAAAAAAAUUUCCUUGACUCUGUAUGAUACAGCAGGUCAAGAGGAUUAUGACAGACUCCGCCCAUUAUCCUAUCAAGAUACAAAUAUCUUCUUAAUCUGUUAUGAUGUCACAAACCCUACAAGUUUUGAGAAUGUCCGUAUUAAGUGGGUUCCAGAAGUAAAUCACUUUUGCCAGGGGGCUCCCAUGCUCUUGAUCGGGUGCAAAACAGACCUUAGAAUGGACAAAGAACGCUUGAGAAGACUCAGAGCUGCCCAGCAGGAACCAAUCACAUAUAAUCAGGGUGAAGAGGCUGCUCGCCAGAUUAACGCUGUAAUGUACUUGGAAUGCUCAGCCAAAUUCCGUGAGAACAUAGAGGACAUCUUCAAAGAAGCUUCAAGUGCAGCUUUAAAUGCCAUAAAGAAGAAAAAAAGCAAAAGGAGGAGGAAGCAGAAGCAAUGCUUGCUUCUUUGACAGUUGUUACCGAUCAAUAUUAAUGGACAUCACUGUGAUGCAUACGCUGUAUUAUAAAAUUUGUUAAAAGCUAUCAUUGUCUUGUAAUUAUAAUUAAUUCUUAGUGAACUUUGACUAUGACUAUAAGGAGGAUAUUUUUCACGUCCCUGGUUAAUUAUUGAGCUGCAUUGCAGGAUUCUUCAGGCUUGAAAUGCAUUGCUAAAGCACAACACAAUAAAUAAGAGACGUAAGAAGACUAUGAUCUAUAGAAACAGGUGUUUCAUCCAUAUUAAAAAAUAACCCAAUUAAAAAAAAUGGCAAAUGCUGACCAUUUGAAACAAAAAAUACACAGAACAAGUUAGUCAGCACUUGUGAAGGGUGAUGAUAGAAUGGUGAUUUAAAAGGGUGUCUUCAUGGUUUAAGAGCAGCCCUGGCUGAAAUAUUGCCUCAACUUUACACUGACUACCUGUUGUGUAUUUGCAGCAAUUUUUGUUCUUGUUUAAAAAUAGUCCAGGUUUGCAUGCCACUCAACAUCACCUUAACCAUCACUACUGCUAUAGAGUGUUGGGUUUAGUGAUUCAUGUGUCCAAUGCAUCUUACUUUUUCAAUGUUAAUUUAUAAAAAUAUUUGCAUGUAAAAGUAAUAACCAGCUGUUUUCGAUCAUGCUUGUGACUAUGAGAAGUGAGAAUUGUAUAACCUGUCACUACAAGCAACUGCAGCUUAUGGCACUAAAGCACUUUUUAAAAGAACAAUUUUUCCAGCUUUUUCCCUCCUGAAAGCACUGACUUGUGUGAGGAGUAUGGUUCCUUGGCCUUCUGUAACCUUUCUCAAAUUACCUUUUGUUAAAUGUCUAGACCUCAAAUGACAGCAAGCUAUUCAACUGUGGAGACAUGGGCGAGCCCAACCCUCAUUUCAGUUUUCAGCAGCAGUUAGGAGUGUGACUAUUUGCAGAUUUUCCCCUCCAUGACUCUGGAUGCCAAUUAUAAUCCUACCAGUGCCCUAGAUGAGAACAAUUAAUUGAACACCAAAUGGGAAAUAAAACUAGGACCUUCUGGUCCGCAUCACUCAUCUACACUGUACCUUUAAAUACUGACCCAUCACAAAAGCUGCUGAUGCACUUUUUAAAAAACACAUAUAUAGGAAUAAGUUUUAAAUGCAUUUUGUUGAACAGCUGCAAUUCUUUCCUUACUAUGCUGCUUAGCUCAGGGAAAUAAACAAAUACAAGAAUGCUGUAGGAGCCAGACUGAGAUAAAUUAUGCUCAGUUUCUGUUUCCUGAGUAACAGAAGCAAGGUCAAACCAACUUCUGUUGGGCAACAGACUACUGAUUUUACCAGAACAGACACCAUGUUUUAGGGACAAAUCAAUUCAAUAUUUUUAGUUUCUAACAGCCUUCCACGUUUUUAAACUUCAGAAUUUUGAGUCAUUGUUCAACAAAAAUUAAGAAUGGGGUCCCAAAGCAAGGAGCCUAAUAAAUAAGGAAUAAAGAAAAACUCUUCCUCUUCAUUGGCCCAUAACAGCUGAAAUACCAGAGAGCACUGACAGGCAUCAGAUGUCUGCAGCUGUCAGCCUAUUCCUUCAAGGUGAUUUAUUCAGCUUGAUACAAAGAUAAAAGAUGGCAUUCCAAAUGCACAAUUCACUCCAUUUUCUGUGAUAACUGUAUGGGAUCACUAUGUAUUCAGCAGAAUAAAAGGUUAAUUUUUCUUACAUGUUAACCAGUGCUUCAGAAUUUUGCUCUAGAUAAGCUUAAAAUAAUUAUACUGGAAGAAAAUUGGACGCAAUGUAAAAUGAGCUGCUAAUUCGCUAUCACCUGUUUCACACUUGGGUCGACCUUGUAGACUGAUUUCAUCCAAUGUAUAUUAUACAGAUUGUUUGCCAUCUCCAAGUGAAUUUUGUAUGUUUCUGUAAACAUGAGCAAACUGUUCUACCAACAUAGGAAAAUGUAUUUUAAUACAGUAUUUUAAACUA